UCUGGAUUGUAACAUGCAGCCAUUCUUUAUGAAGAUGUUUCUCUAGUGCAUUCACAAUGCCAGGAUUGUACGCUGCUGGAGAGCAUAUCUGGACAUCUUGGCACACCUAAAAGGGGACGUGGUAUUGACCUUGGAUGUCCUAAGUGUCUUGUUUCCACUAUUGAAGGCAUUCUACUUGGGUUCUGCUGUUGACAAUCUUCAGAAUUUGAAGGAACUUUUGUUCUUUAAACUAAUAAUAUAUAUAAAAAAAACUAUAUUAAGUGUUCCAGUCGUCUUUCCUUACUGCCACCUGUCACAAAAACAACCAACAUGUCUACCUCCUCGCUGCGCCGGCAGAUGAAAAAUAUAGUCCACAAUUAUUCUGAAGCUGAAAUCAAAGUGAGGGAAGCUACAUCGAACGAUCCAUGGGGUCCAUCCAGCUCUCUUAUGUCUGAGAUUGCAGAUCUCACCUACAAUGUUGUGGCAUUCUCUGAAAUCAUGAGCAUGAUAUGGAAGCGUCUUAAUGAUCAUGGGAAAAACUGGAGGCAUGUGUAUAAAGCUAUGACGCUAAUGGAGUACUUAAUAAAAACAGGCUCUGAGCGGGUCGCACAGCAAUGUAAGGAAAACAUAUAUGCUAUUCAGACACUGAAAGAUUUCCAAUAUGUGGACAGAGAUGGGAAGGAUCAAGGUGUGAAUGUCCGAGAAAAGGCCAAGCAGUUGGUGUCUCUGUUAAAAGAUGAUGAAAGGCUUAAGGAAGAAAGAGCACAUGCCUUGAAGACCAAGGAGAAGCUAGCACAAACCUCAACAUCAUCUUCAGCAUCAACAAUGAACCCAGCACCUGAAGCAGAGCAAGCAUGGCCUCAGAGCAGUGGGGAGGAAGAGCUGCAGCUCCAGUUAGCUCUGGCCAUGAGUAAAGAAGAAGCGGAGCAGGUAAGAGCAAAGGUAAUUAAUUGCUCAGGAGUACACAACAAUUCUAAGAUGCCAGCUGUUCCCCCUGCUGUGUCCGAAGAUGAACUGCAGCUUCAGCUUGCACUUAGCAUGAGCAAAGAGGAACACGACAAGGAGGAAAGAAUCAAACGGGGGGAUGACCUCAGACUCCAAAUGGCCAUUGAAGAAAGCCGAAAGGAGGCUCCAACUAAGCAGGAAGAGUCUUCCUUAAUGGACUUGGCAGAUGUAUUCAACUCUCCACCUGCAGCAGUCGCUGCAUCAGAUCCAUGGGGAGCAACAGCUGCUCCUCCCUCAGACCCUUGGGCUGGGGCAGUUCCAACUUCUGCAGUACCUGCUGUGUCUGACCCGUGGGGUGGCCCUCCGGUGGCUACAGGUGCAAGCACAGAUCCAUGGGGUGCUGGUGUCCAGGCUGGUAGUACGGCUAGCGACCCAUGGACAGGGAAAGCAGCUGUAUCUUCUAUUGAAGCCAAGUCUGUCUCAGAUCCAUGGAAUCCAGGGGGUUCCACAGCUACUGGCGGUGUGCAGAGCAAAGAUCCUUGGUCGUCAAGUCCAUCAAUUGCAGCCAAGCAAGCUACGGACCCUUGGGCUCCUGCUGCAACAUUUUCUGAUCCAUGGGGGGGUUCACCUUCUAAACCAAGUACAAACGGCACCAUAGCCAGUACCACCUUUGACCAGUUCAUCACUUCUGCAGAUGAGUUUUCCGAUUUUGACAACCUGAGGACCACCCUUCCCCAGUCAGGAAGCAGCACAGGCGAGUUGGAUCUUCUGGCUGGAGAAGUUCCAAUGUCUCGCUCCCUUGGAUCAAGGAGUCCUGAUGCCUUUGACAUGGCAGCAAUGAGCAGCUCCUUUUCUGAAAAUUCCAAGACAACCCGGAAGACACCAGAAUCCUUCCUUGGGCCUAACGCUGCCUUAGUAGACUUGGACUCCCUUAUUUCAAAACCCACCAUACAAAAUAUCAAGACCUCCAAUCCCUUCCUUGUAACAGGAGCACCCAGUUCGACCACAACAAAUCCAUUCCAGACCAACCAACAGUCAUCUCUUACUUUGAACCAACUUCGUUCCAGCCCUGUGAUGUCAAUGGGACAGCCAGUUACACCAGCUGGACAAGCACCUGCAGCAAUUCCAUAUAGUUCUGUCUCCCCCAUGGUGUCAGUAUCCCCGUUAGCCCCAGGAAUUCCUUUAGCCAAUGUGUCACCAGUGAUUGGAAUGAGUGGCCUCCCAGUUGCGGUAGUACCUCCUGGUGUACCUCCUAUGAGCUUGCCUGCUAUGAUGCCACCACAGCAGAUGGUGGCACAGCCCAUGGUCCCUAAUCUAUCUACACAAGCUGUGACGAGUGCUACCAACCCUUUUCUGUUGUGAGCUGUGGAGUUAUUAAGUUUGUAAUGGCAAUGACCAGGGGUGAUGGGUCAAAAACUGGCAUUUUCAUGCUACUACCACAGAAUGUCCCUGUACCCUAAUACCAUCUUUUGUGGCAACCCUAUAUUGGCAGUACACUUGACUUUUGGUGUCUGCUUCCUUUUCACUGUGCCUCUGAAUACCAAGAAAUAGUAUUUUGCCCUCCCCACAGUACUGCUGAAGUUGUUUAGAUAGAAGACCAUAGAUGAAUUCUUGUUUUCUUGAUUAAAUCCAUAGUGUUAUGCUGGACUUGGCUGUCCGUGUUAUUUCCGUUUGCCCGCCCCUCAUCCAUUUGCAUUAAUAAAGCAGCACCUCACAGUAAGGUUAGUUUUUGUUUGCUUCUGCCUCAUAGCAGUUCCAGGGUCUUGAGUUGCAAGCAGAGUGUUAACUUGCAUUGAACAUCAUCUGUUCUUUUCUACAUAAAAAAAAUUAAGUGUUUUUGCCGACACUCUAUUUUACCUACAUUUACAACCCGAAGCAUUGCUGCAUUUCAACAUGAACUCGUGAUGGAGCAUUGUUCCUUUCAACUCUAUAGGAAAGGUGUCUCUGCUGUUCUACAUGUAAAUAUUGCACCUCACUCAAGCACUUCUGUGUUACUGGACCACAAUAGGAUGUUGCCCUACUUAGAAAUGUGUUAUGGAUAAAACACUAAAAA